UCUGGAAGCCCGGCCGGAGCCGAGCCGCGCAGGAAGCAGGAAACCGGGCAGCGCGGGCGGCGCCGGCUCCGAGGAUGCGCUUCCCCUGCGGCCUGGCGCUGCACCUGCUGCACCUGCUGCUCCCGCGCGGGCCGCCGGGGGCCCCCGGGGGCGCUGCAGGCCCCAGCACCAGCAGACCAGGUCCUGUGGUGACAGCAAACCACGUAGAAGAGCCUGCCAUGACUCCAGGGGUCAGGACAAAUUCAGAAGGAGCCUUCCAGACCGCUGACCUUCUUGAGACCUCUGUGCCAAGCCACAUGCCUUUGGAAACUCAAACCCUGAGCCCCCAGACGUUUGAUUGGACCUUAAUCCUGGCCAACAGCAAUUCAGAAGCAGAGACCAGGGACACCAAAACCACUUUUCCUGCAAUGGAAGGCAGGGCCUUCACCAAAAUGACACCUUCCAAGUUCACGGUGGUGAUCACCACUCCUAUGGAGGCAUCGGCCACCAGUGGCAACCCCGUGGGAACUGGGAUGACCACAGUUGAGACUGUUACAGGCAGUGAUCUUGCAAAAUCUGUCUUCGAUGCCCUUUGUACUGAUGACAGUUCGGAAGAGGCAAAGAGGAUCACAAUUGACGUCUUGACAUUGGCUCACACUUCUGUGGAAGCUGAAGGCCUGGCCUUAAAGAGCAGCGCCUUCUCCGACAGCUCAGUUCUGGCCAUCACCGCCCCACGGGCCCUCGCACCUGACAAGAGCACUCCGGCUAAGGGUUUGUUUGCCUACAGCAUCACUGACAUUGAGGUUGCCAACUGCAGCAUUCUAGAAAUAGAAACAACUGCCACCACCCUUGGGACCUUGGACAUGGAUCUCAACCCCACAGGGGGAGAGGUCCUAUCUCCCCCUGUGGUGUCAGCUUUGCUCAAUUCCACUGAAGCAGAAUCACACGUCACCGAGACCACACCAUCCGCGGAGACCUUGUCAGCAGCCAGUGCCACAGAGGCAGCCACACCUGAUACCACAGUUGAGACCCCACUAACUGCCAAUAGCCCUACAGAAGGAGAAGCAACAGCAGCUACGACCACCACCCCCAGCACAACUUUGGUCUCAGUCAGCGUGAACCCCUUGGAAGAAGCUUCAGUCCUCUCUAUUGAGACGACAAGCCACACCAAGGUCUUGGGAGCAGUGACAGUCUCCACAGAGGCUGGGUUAACAGUGGGGAAAGCGACUUCACCUGCUGGGCUCUCAACUAUGGCCCACAGCUACAGCCACAUCGCCACUAGCAAGAGCACCAUCCCCUCACAGCCUUCUACCGCGGAUGGCACAACCAAUGAGUCUGUCCCCAUCACCAGGAGCCCCGCUCCUUCUGUCCAGCUGACCAGGGCCAACAGCAGCCAAGAGGCAAACAUCACCUUAUUUAGGACCACAGCCUUAGCAAAGACCUUGAAGACAGCCAGCGUGGCUGGAGGGAAGACCCCAACAGCUAUGCCCACCGCGGUUCAGACAAGGUGGACCACAGAAGCCACUGCGGAUGGGGAUGGAGGCUUUUUCCUCCUGCGGCUGAGUGUGGCCUCCCCAGAAGACCUCACUGACCCCAGAGUGGCAGAGAGGCUGGUGCAGCAGCUCUGCCGUGAACUGCAUGCCCACCUGCCUCCUGCCCGGGUCUCUCUGCUGCAUGUCACGAGGGGCUGAGGCACAUCAGCCGCAGCCAGGGGUGGCUGUGGGCCCAAAGGGGCAGCACUGCCGGCGGCCUGGGACCCCCCCCUUCCCGACUGGAGCUACGCUACAGGCUGCAUGUACCUGGAAGCUUCCCCGAAGGUCAGCUGCCUAAGGCCUUGCCCCAGACACUGCAGCGGGACCCUGGCCCACAUAUGCCAGGUGUGUGUGUCGGGUGGGGGGGCUUCCCUUGUUCCAAAGAUGCCCUUGGACUCCCUCUGGCACAUGUGUCAUGUUGCAGUAAAGAGUGAUCUGAUCACCUGUCA